UUUUUAAUAAGAGGAUCCAGCUUCAGUUUAUCUUUUAAAAAAACAAGGAAAAAAACACCAGACUCAGGGUCAGGGCUUCCUCUCUCAAAUAGAUCUAUCAAAUGUCAAUAGCACUGAACGAUGGAUUCAAGAUACCCAUAGUGGGUCUGGGUGUCUGGCGAAUGGAAGGAAAAGAAAUUAGAGACCUCAUCAUCAAUGCCAUCAAGAUUGGCUAUCGUCAUUUUGACUGUGCUGCUGAUUACAAAAAUGAAGCAGAAGUUGGGGAGGCGCUCGCGGAAGCAUUCAAGACUGGACUUGUUAAGAGGGAGGAUCUUUUCAUCACCACCAAGCUUUGGAAUUCAGACCAUGGACAUGUUGUCGAGGCUUGUAGAGACAGUCUAAAGAAACUUCAACUAGAUUAUCUAGAUCUCUACCUUGUGCACUUUCCUUUAGCCACAAAGCACACUGGAGUCGGGGAAACUGAUAGUGCUUUAGAUGAAGAUGGUGUCCUGGAGAUAGACACAACUAUCUCAUUAGAAACCACCUGGCAUAAUAUGGAAAAUCUGGUUUCAAUGGGCUUAGUACGCAGCAUUGGGAUCAGCAACUAUGACAUCUUUCUAACAAGAGAUUGCUUAGCUUAUGCAAAAUUGAAGCCUGCUGUGAAUCAGAUUGAAACACAUCCAUACUUCCAACGUGAUUCUCUAGUCAAAUUCUGUCAGAAGCAUGGGAUCUGUGUUACAGCCCAUACGCCUCUAGGAGGUGCUGUGGCUAACACAGAAUGGUUCGGCACUGUGUCAUGUUUGGGUGAUCCUGUUCUCAAAGGUCUAGCUGAGAAAUACAAGAAGACUGUUGCCCAGAUUGUUCUCAAGUGGGGCAUUCAGCGGAACACGGUUGUAAUCCCUAAGUCGUCAAAGCUUGAGAGAUUGAAGGGGAACUUUGAAGUUUUUGACUUUGAGCUGAGCAAAGAGGACAUGGAUGUGAUUAAGAGUUUGGAUAGGAAAUAUCGGACCAACCAACCAGCUAAGUUUUGGGGCAUAGAUGUGUAUGCUUAAGAAUGGCUAUUAUUUCAUACUUGGGAGAAGAAUAAGUGUGAGUUAUGAAACAUCCUGAAAACUCUUUUGGAAAGACAUUCUUCACUUGUAUGGCAACAGAUUCAGAUCUAAUAUUGAAUUGACGUUUCUUAUUUAUGACA